GAGAGUGAAAGGUGGCCGUUGUAUUUGAUUUAUUGCGUCGAAGCAAUCUUCAUACACAUCAAUGACGUCGAAAUAAGAGCACACGUUUUUGAUAUGAUUUAACUUUCAACGAAUCAGUGCGCCGGAUGUAAUGAGAUGAAAUCACAAACUGCCCAUUCACGAGCUGCCUUGUGUAUUCGCUGUGCUAUGUUACUCGGAAGUUGUACGGCUGUAAGCACGUUUCCAAAAGAGAACAAGAUGAGAUUUUUACUUGUGGUGACUAUUCUAUUCGGCGCAGAUAUGAUUGGAUCAAAUUUAGGUUUUCGGACGUCAGCCAAUCAUCCGAUACCUGUGAGCUCACUUCCUACACUAUAUUCAACACUACAUCAUUAUGCUUAUAUCGGCAAUUCAACGGGUGUUAAAAAGCUUAUCGAUCGAGAUGUCGACCUAGAUAUCAGAGAUGAAGAUGGAGACACUCCAAUGUAUAUCGCUGCAUUAAAUGGUAACAUGAUCAUAGUUAAAUUGUUGGCAGAAAAUGGCGCAGAGUUAAGCAUUCCGAAUAAUAACAGAUCAACACCACUUCAUGCUGCUAUUGAGUCAAGUAACCCAAAUAUUGCCCUAUUUCUAAUAGAAAAUGGAGCCAACUUGAAUGCUAGAAACUAUGCUGGAGAGACACCUCUUUAUUUGGCUGCUAAGAAUUUUAAAGUUAAUAUCAUCAAGGCACUUUUGGAAAAGGGUGCUGACGUUAAUAUCAAAACCACCACAAAAGCCACACCACUUCAUUGGAUUGCUUACUGGGGUUUGACGGAUUUUUUGCAAAUUCUGCUUGAGAAAAGGGCCAAAGUGAAUGUUCGAGAUAAUCUUGGAAAGACACCACUUUACUAUGCGGCCUCCCAUGGUAAAGUAGACACUGUAAAGCUUCUGAUAGAAUACGGAGCCCAGGUUAGGAUCACAAACCAUCAAGGAUUCUCCCCUUUACACAGAGCUGCACAGCAACGUUCACCCGAUGUCGCAAAAAUUCUCAUUGAAAACGGAGCUGAUGUCAACGCUGAAAACAUUUUGAAAGACACACCUCUCCAUGUGGCUGCUUCGUAUGGUUCACCGGAGGUAGCGAAAAGUCUUAUUGAACGUGGUGCUCAUCUAAAUGCUAAAAAUAACAGAGGCGACACUCCACGAGAUCAUGCCGAAGGAAAUGCAAAAAUGAUGGCAAUCUUCAAAGAAGCCGAAGAGAAACGUGCCAAAUGGGCAUUUGGAUUGCGCUGAUGUUACGUUGCGUACGUGUGUGAUUCAAUAGGAUUAAAUCAUCGACUUAAAUCAAAAUAUUCCGCUAAUUUAGCCGCAUAUUGCGAUAUCAAACAUAUUAUAUAGAAAGUGAAGCUCAUAAACAACGAAAAUAAUAAUAAACAAAUUUAAAUUUGAUGAA